AUGGGGAGACGCAUUUUCAACUUAAAAGUUGUUUCAAAGGAGUUUGAAGGGAAAAGCUUGGUGAAGAGGCAUAGGUUGAUCUAUUGUUUGCUGCAAGAGGAGCUGCAGAGUGGAUUGAACGCAUUAACCAUUGUUGCCAAAACGCCGGCUGAAGUUGAAGCAACAUGA